AUGGAUUCAUCAGAGCCUUCAGCUAAGAAAUCCAAAAAGUCAAAAUCUUUCCAACAUCAAUGGUACGAUGAUAAUCCCGAGUGGAGAACAUGGGUCAAGGAAUGUUUGUCAGAUUCAGAAAAGUUUUUAUGUGUUAUUUGUAAUGAAAAUUUAGCUUGUGGUCGUUUUGAAAUUGACAGACAUUCCAAAACCAAGAAACAUUUGGGAAACUUGCGCGUGUACAGUUUCAAGAACUCUAGUUUUCCAAAUGUCGUGCUUCCUGAAAUUUCUUCAUCAGUUUGCUCUCAACUUGAUUCCAGUUCAUCUUUGUCUUCAUCUGAACUGCAGUUUAAUGAACGAGUUAAAGCAGCUGAAAUUCAAUUUGCGACCUUGAUUGCUCAAAACAAUAUUCCUUUGUCGACUGCACCACAAAUUUUGAAAUUAUUUCAGUCGAUUGGUAAAGAACCUGCUGUUCUCCAAAAGAUGACAGUGGGUAAAACCAAAGCGACUGGAAUUAUUACAAAUGUUGUGAGUGUUCGUGAGUCCGAACGGAUCGUUGAAAAUGUUCAAAAAACGAAAUUUUCUAUUCAAGUAGACGAGACCACUGACAUUACGAAUGACAAAUGGAUGACGUUGAUGGUCCGCUAUGUGGAUCCAAAUACACUUACGGUUAACAACGAAUUACUUAAAUUGCUUCAUUUAGAUGGGACGGACGGUUCUGCGAAACGUCUUUUUGAACAAUUUUGCGAUGCGUUGGCCAGACUGGGAAUUCCGUUAGAGCAAAUCAUCGGUCUUGCCUGUGACAAUGCUUCAGUUAUGGUUGGCAAAAAUAACUCCUUCAAAAUUUUGAUGACUCAGCAAAUUCCGAAUCUUCGGACGUUACCAUGCAUUUGUCACUCUCUUGCCCUCGCCUCAAAAGAAGCAUGUUCUAAGAUUCCAGUCGAAGUUCAUGACUUUGUUGCCAAUAUUAUUUCUUAUAUUAAUAAUAGCCCGAAACGCAGCGCCAUCUUUGCUGAAUUUCAAGAAUGCUAUGAAGAAAACCUAUUAUCAAGAUUGUUCGAUUCGCUGGUACACGAUGGUUGUCUCGUCAAAUUGCGAUUACAGGGAUUUUGA